CAGACCGGUGUGUUUCGAGGAAGAUGGCAUGUCGAAAAGUGGACAAUCCAUGGGGGUUGAUGAUAAUAGCCUCGGCUUUCUGGAUACAGUUUAUCUCCUUUGGCGUGGCUACUUCCUUUGGAGUCUACAUUGUGGAACUUCUCCGUCAUUUUGAUGUUGGAUUGCCUUUUAUAUCACUCAUUGGUUCCAUCAACAUAGGACUUUUUCUGGGUGCAGGUCCUCUGGCCAGUAUUAUGAUGAGGAUGAUGUCAUACCGUAAAGUCUGUCUAUUGGGAGCCCUCCUGAGCAGCACAGGUCUUAUUGCCCUACCAUUUACAAUGAAUAUGAUUUUUCUCCUCUUUUUCUACGGAAUAUUGACAGGUAUUGGUUACUGUUUACUGUACGUCCCCUCUCACACAAUGUCUGGUCUGUACUAUGACAAACACAGAAGCCUGGCGACAGGGGUAGCGACAGCAGGGUCGGGAUUUGGAGGGAUCGUGUUCCCAAACCUUGUCCAGUUCCUCAUUGACGAGUUUGGGUGGAGAGGAUCGUUACUUAUAGUGGCUGGAAUCAACUUAAACACCUUCAUUUUCGCUGCUCUUCUUCGAGAUUCGCCAUUGCAACGACAGCAAAAGGCGAAAGAAAAAAUGAUAAAACUGAAGGAGAUUAAAAGAAACGAUUCUAGUCAGAUUGAAAGGGAAAUUCUUCUAACAGAGGAAAGCACUUCCGAUUCAUCUCCGCAGUCGCAAAAACCUAUAGCGCACGAGAUAAACGGUGCAAAGGAAAAACGGGAAUCUAAUGGUACAGGGACAAACGACUUAGAAAAUGAAAAUCUUCUCACCAACGAAUCUUCCAACGAAAAUGUGAAAUCGAACUCAAUUUUAUUAGUUCUACUGACAUUGUGUCGCAAUGUACCAUUUUGUAUAUUUGUUGUCAACAACAUUCUUUGGAAUUUUGGGACAGUUAUACCUCUUAUUUUAGGCCCGGAGUAUUUCACUUCCGUCAACUUUUCUCAGACAGAGGCAGCUACUCUAAUUUCAAUCUUCAGUGGCGGAUCUUUCGUCGGGUGUGUUUUAGGAGGUCUCAUCGGAAAUAUACCAAAGAUAAAUAGAUUAUACCUGUUCAUUUCCGUGAAUUUAGCAGUAGGAAUUGUAGGACUAUUCAUUCCAUUAGAAAUCACCCACACCAUGUUUGGAUUAGGGAUUGUUGGAAUAAUAUGGGGAACCAUGUUUGGUUUAUUAUUAGGACUGCUUGUCGUUGUAACGGCGGAUUUAGUGGGGAUUCAGUAUUUGGGAGACGCCAUGGGAUUCCUGAUGUUGGCCAAUGGCAUUGGUUGUGUCGCUGGUCCUCCAAUAGGAGGCUGGAUUGGAGAAGCAACGGAUUCACCAGCUACCGCUUUUUAUUUUUCUGCGGUCGUCAUCAUAGUGGGAGGACUCCUCAUGUUAUUUAUUCCCCUGUCCGAGAGACUCCAAAACCAAACAAAGAGGGACAGUGAUUUCUCUGUAGAAGUUACCGUUCCGGAGGACUAACAGCGUCUUGCCUUUAAAGUUUUUAAAUAUUUGGUGCUACUGUUCGUGUGUCAGGCCCCCUUUGAUCAUUAAAUGCACUGGACAUUGUUCCGAGAACUUAAGGUUCCUCUUCCGUCUGUUCAUUCAUAUGAAAAAUGGCCAUGUUUGGACAGUUCCUUAUGAUUUUUCAAAAGAAAUUUUAAUUCCGGUUAGAGUUAUCUUUCUUAUCAGAGGGUCCAUGAACCAUAAUGCACUAUGAUUUUCAUUUUGUCGCUUCUGCAUAGUCCAAAUGGUGAUUUAAGUAGCUCAAAUACCGGUAUACUUAGUUUUGGCAAUUUGAUAUAUUAUUAGUGUUUACAUUAUGUGAUAUUUUUACAUUGCAUAUUUUUGUGAUCAAAUUUUAUUCAAAUUCUUGUGUUUUACAGAGAGUCAAGGUGUUUAAUUUUUGUUUAAUUCCAAUUUGCAUGGCAGGAUGGAUGACAAUUGGGCAUUUUCUUUAGAAUCUCACACAUUUACCAUGCUUACUUUCAGCUUUUGCUUUAAAUUUUUAUGUACAUCUAAUUUUGUGCUCUGUAUUGAAUUUACUUUUGUUAACGAGCUAAAGCUAAAUGCAAUUCAGAUUUGGUAUAUUGGAUGAUUUUAUCAUUUAAGUUGUGUAAAUAAAAUAUAACACGAGUUAUUCGAAAAUGUUCUCAUGAACCCUUUUGUAUGGUUGUAUAAUUACGAGAAAUGCAAUAUAUUUUUUUUUCUCUCAUCUUGAAAAAAAUUAUGUUCUUGCGUGAGGUAUUCUAUUUCAAAUGAGGUAUUAUCUAGUUUGCACGAGUCGGCACGGCUCAUGUUCAAAUGCUAGCUCUCCUAAAUUAAGCUUAUGAUCAACGUACUUUAAAUGAUUGUGGAAGCAGCCUCUGUUUCAUGCAGGAUAAAUGCAAAUUCGUUUAAAACUGAAACAUUUUUUAAAGUAGUUUAGCGUAAUUUUGCAGGAUUUUUUACUUUAAUAUGAGUAAUAUAAAGUACCUCAGGUAUUCAUUGUGUGUCAUGACAUUGUUGUGUUUCUAUGCUUUACUUGGUACUUCGACAGUGUACGUUUGACAAUGUUAUAAUAUGACAUUUUCGUAUGUUACUUAUCUCUAUUUUUUGUUUUUGUUUUUUACAUGCAUGCCAAUGCAUUUGUGAUGAAUAAAUAGAUUUAGAUUUCA